CCGGCGGGGGAGGGGAGAGGGGAAGCGGGAGACUCUCGCGAUAUCAGCCUUGGCGCCGUGACCUCCAUGUGAGAGCGGUAGCUGCUGGUAAACACUCCCCGGGGCUCGGACAUGGCUCCCGGCGGUGCCCGUUAGCCCUGGCUGCGGCGGUUCGCUCCGGACGCUUCUGCUUAUUGUGCUGCUCGCGGCCUCGCUUACACGUCGCUGCGGGCGCCCUCGGGCCGACGGGGGCGGGGGUCUGGUCUCCUCGCCCCUGUGAGCGAGGCCGACGGCCCGGGAGGCUCGGGCUGCACCGCGGCUUUACAAUCCUGCCCCGCUGAGCCAAAACAAAGAAGCGGCAGAGGCGCCCCCGCCCCCCACGCAGCCGGAGAGCGGGCGGGAGCCACGGCCGGCAGCCUCCCGAGCGGCCGGCAGCCGCGCACCAUGUGGAUCCAGGUCCGCACCAUAGACGGCACCGAGACCCAGACCAUCGACGACCUGAGCCGCCUCACCAAGAUAGAGUGUCUGCGGGAGAAAAUCCAGGAGAGCUUCCGAGUGAGCCCCGAGCGGCAGCGCCUCUUCUACCGGGGCAAGCAGCUGGAAGAUGGACAUACUUUAUUCGAUUACAAUGUUGGACUUAACGACAUCGUUCAGCUUUUGAUACGGACUGAGUCUGAUGCUCCUACCACUUCCUUGCCUAAUAAGGAUGGAGAAGUCAACCCGUGUGCUAUUGCCAACUGUAAGAACAAAGUCAAGAGAACAACAGGGAGUGGAUCGCCCAAUCAGCCAUCUACAUCUGCUCGGUCAUUUCUCAUUGAUCCUGGCAUUGGAUUGUAUAAGCCUCACCGUAAUCAACAGGAGGCAGCGCUACACACCCUGGACGUGUGGCAUGCAUUGGCCUUCUACUUGGACAGGACUAAACCCUUCCGGAAAUCACCAUGAUUAUUCCUCUCCACCAUCGAAAGUUCCAGAGGUACU